UCCAACAAGAUUCUCAGGGACAGAGUCAGGUAAGUUUCCCAAGACAGACAGGUGGCCAGGACUGAAUUCCAGCUUUGCUUCCUGUGCCACAGAGAUGCCCGGCGCCAGGAAAACCAUGGCUCCUGGAGAGAGCCGAAGGGAAGGGAACAGGCGAAGGGUUACAGGAGAGCAGGCUGCGUCUGCGUGCUGGUUGAGAAGGGGCUUCCAUGACUGCAAGGUCGCCAAAGCGGGUGUGAUGUAAUCACGCCAGUCCGUGCGUCAAAGGGCGGCUCCCAGGACGCAGGAACUGCGCUGGAGCUGGACCCGCCCACCCCCCUCCUUAUCCCAGCUGCUGUUGGCACGCUCAACCGCUGCUGUUAACCCUUGUCCCCCGCCAGGAAAAUCACCUCGCGUCACAGCCACCCCUGACACCUGCUGGCAACGUCCUAGUAACCACUAACUCCGGACAAUCUUCUUCAGCCGCCGGUAACCCCCGACAACCAUCCCAGCCCACUCCAACCCAGGGGCUCGCUGAGGCGCCAUGAAGCCGGCAAGCUCCCGCGGGGGCUCAUCCGGGGGUCGCGGGGGCGGUGGCUGGGGCGGGGGACGAGGCGGGGGCGGCAAGGGAGGUGAUGGUGGCGGCGGGGGGAGCAAAGGCGGCUUCGGGAGGACGCGCGGCUUCCGCGGCGGGGGCCGGGGUAGGGGUCGCGGCCGCGGUGACAGCAGGGACCGGGGCGGCGGCGGCGGCCAGCGGCGCGGUGGCGCGGCCAAGAGCAAGAAUCGCCGCAGGAAGGGCGCCAACGCAGUAUUCGUGGAGCCACACCGGCACGAGGGCGUGUUCAUCUACCGCGGCGGGGAGGACGCGCUGGUUACGCUGAACAUGGUGCCGGGCAUCUCCGUGUACGGCGAGCGGCGCGUCUGCGUGACAGAGAACGGUGUGAAGCAGGAGUACCGCGCGUGGAACCCCUUCCGCUCCAAGCUGGCCGCGGCUAUCCUGGGAGGGGUUGACCAGAUCCACAUCAAGCCCAAGUCCAAAGUCCUGUACCUGGGGGCUGCCUCGGGGACCACCGUCUCCCACGUCUCUGACAUCGUGGGCCCAGAUGGCCUGGUCUACGCUGUGGAGUUUUCACACCGCGCCGGCCGUGAUCUGGUCAAUGUGGCUAAACAGCGAACCAACAUCAUCCCGGUUCUGGAAGAUGCCCGGCAUCCACUCAGGUACCGUAUGCUCAUUGGGAUGGUGGAUGUGAUCUUCGCCGACGUGGCCCAGCCGGACCAGUCGCGCAUCGUGGCUCUGAACGCACACACGUUCCUGCGCAACGGAGGCCACUUUCUCAUUUCCAUCAAGGCCAACUGCAUCGACUCCACCGCAUCGGCAGAAGCUGUGUUUGCUUCGGAGGUGAAGAAGCUGCAGCAGGAGAACUUGAAGCCACAAGAGCAGCUGACCCUGGAGCCCUACGAGAGGGACCACGCGGUGGUCAUUGGUGUCUACCGUCCCCUUCCCAAGAGCAAGUAGUAUCCAGAGCAGUCUCCCAAAGCACUGCCCAAGACUUGUGUCCAAUCUUCUUGUGUAUGUGGG